CAAGGAGAUAAUAUUCUAAAAAGUGUAUCAUCGCGAAAACAAAUUUUAUUUCAGUUGACUACCUUUCAUACUUUGUGACGGAUUGCAAGAAAUAUUCUUCAUUAAUUUUUUUGUAUUUACCGUACUUAAACAAAACAAGUAAAUUAUGGCAAACAUAUCGCCGAAUACUUCAUUGUCUACAUCUAACAAUAAUGAUAGUGAUUGUACGGAUGAACUGCAAGUUGCUGAAACUUCAAAUCAAUCCACUUCUCUAGAGGAACAGACAACACCGCCGGCGCUUUCCGCGGAAACCGAUCCCGAAGCGCCGGCAGAAUGUCUUAUAUCUGCAGAUAAUGAAACUCCUGCAGGAGUUGCAAAUUUGGAGUUGCAGGUGAGUACAGGAGAAACACUAUUCACGCCGGCGCUCUCCACGGGACCGCUAACAACUGAGGUUAAAGCCGUGGAAAUCGACCUGGACGCGCCGGCGGAAUAUAUAGCAUCAACAGAUAGUGAAACUCCUACAGGAGAUACAAAUUUGGAGUUGCAGGUGAGUACAGGAGAAACACUAUUCACGCCGGCGCUCUCCACGGGACCGCUAACAACUGAGGUUAAAGCCGUGGAAAUCGACCUGGACGCGCCGGCGGAAUAUACAGCAUCUGCAGAUAGUGAAAUUCCUGCAGGAGAUGCAAAUUUGGAGAUGCAGGUGAGUACAGGAGAAACACUAUUCACGCCGGCGCUCUCCACGGGACCGCUAACAACUGAGGUUAAAGCCGUGGAAAUCGACCUGGACGCACCGGCGGAAUAUACAGCAUCUGCAGAUAGUGAAAUUCCUGCAGGAGAUGCAAAUUUGGAGAUGGUUGGUGCAGGAGAUACACUAUUCACGCCGGCGCUCUCCACGGAACCGUUUACAACUGAGGUUAAAGCCGUGGAAAUCGAUCUGGACGCGCCGGCGGAAUAUAUAGAUAGUGAAGCUCCUGCAGGAGAUGCAAAUUUGGAGUUGGUGUGUCGUCUUGAGGAAGUACGAUCAAUAACGCCGGGGCCUUAUUGUUUCCGACCCAUAAAACCAGAGCCGGUACAGGAGCCUCCGUACGACGAUGACGAUCGAGAAGUAGCCUGUAUCUUUGGCUUAGACGAUGAGACGGUGCAACGAAAACAAAAAAGACGUAGAUUUCUGUCGGUCAUCCGGAGUGCUGUACAAAGAACCUUCAGGGCAGUUUGCUGUUGCUGUGUAAAGCCAGAUUUACGUGAUAUUGAUUAGCAGAGGAUGACAGAAUUUUUUUUGACAGACGUUCAGAUAGAUAGAAAUAAGCAGAAGAAAACCGAAAGACGGAUGUCGGACAGUAGCGACGGCGGCGGCAGCAAUGGCGCAGAUUCGGGUAAGUGAUGGCGGCGGAACGGAUGUCCGCGACACCGUGCACCGGCGGUCGACGCUGCGACCGGUCGCAAGGCGUGCUUGCAACCGGCCGCAGCGUUUCCUGUCUGGUGCAUCCGGUCGUGCGGCAUCGGCGGCCGGCAGUUCGAACUCGACCGGCGGGGCACCUGGGCGAAAACGACAUAUCGGACACGAAUCACCGCACUGAUUCACCGAGUUUUCGCCUCGAAAUCCCGUCGGCCGAGCACGGGCGGUCGGCCGCUAUCCGUCCCAGCCGUUGCACUCGAGUUUCCGUCAUCGCCGCUAUUCCCCGUCCAAGUGCACGACAUUAUAAGUCUGCAGUCACGAAUUUUUCUUUUCCAUCUGGACCUGUCACAAUAGUUUUUUAAGUGUUUUUUGGUUAUUUUAUUACUCUAUUUGUUUUGUUAUAAAAAUUAUUACCUUUGUUAUAUUAAAAUAUAAAUUUUUUUGUGCACAUAAAAAAUAA